GGUUAGUAGUGCGCUUGUCUGGAGAGACGCAGCUAAUCCCUGCUUGACCUCUCCAAGGGAAAGCCGAAAGCAUGCACCUACAGGGGGGAUAGCAGCACGGGAGCAGAAACCACUGUUCGCACCUGAAACAAUUAUCCAGGUAAUAACUAUUGUUUUAUCAUGGGGGAGCUGAGGACCACGUCUCCCGGGCUUCGUUUGGACCUGAACAACUUUGACUCUGCAGAAGCGGAGCGGAGUCGCUACGUCUUAACGAGUCCCCGCUCAUUAGAGUCCUGCACGAGACUUGGUGUCAAACCUGUUGAACUUCUGAUCAAAUCGCUAAACGAGUUGGUAGCUGACCAGCACCACGUGCCCUAUGAGUCCAUGAGAGUCGUGCACGAAUCCUACGAGAAGGAGAGAAUGAAGCAUUUACAAAUGUGUCGCGAGGAGAGGGAGAGGAUUAUCCGGGCGGCUGCUAGAGACAGGUGGCCGGGCAGUGACAAAGUGCCCGGCCCGGAAGUGGUGCCUGACUCCAAACUGAAGGAUCACUCAAGGGACAGAGACACAAUGAGCUGUAUCCCGUAUGCAGAUCUGUGUGUUAAAGGGAAAUCUGCCAGCAGGUCCUCUUACAGAGAGCCAGACAGUAGCACCGUGUGCAGCGUCAGUCUGGGAGACCUCAGAUACACUCCAGCCACUGAGAUGAAGCUAGAGAGGCUCACCAGGGACAUCAACAAGGAGAUGUGUGUGACACUGUCAGAGAAGGAUCGCAAGAUAGCAGCUCUCAUGUUGGUGAAGCACCAGGAGGAGCAGGCCUGCCUGAAUGUCUGUCAGCAGGAGGAACAGAAGCGACAGGAGGCCCGCAGGCAGCAGGAGGCCCAACGCGCUGAGGCAGAGAAACAGAGGAGGAAGAAACUGAGACGGAGCCUGCAACGCUGGCACGAUGAUCUGGAGGGCCGCAGGAGACUAAGGGAGCGUAAGGAGAAGGAGAAAGCGGUACAACUGGAGCUGGAGGUGGUGCUGCAAGAGGACCGCUGGAGGAGGCAGAAAGAGGAGGUGGAGGGACACCAUAGGGAGAAAAUAGAGGCUGCACACAGAGAGGCAGAGGGGCGAAAACACAACCAGGAGACGCUGCUGAGGGGAAGGGAGGAGGUGGAAAAAAGGGAGAGAGAGAGGGAGAGACAUGUGGCAGAAGAGAAGAAGCAGAGGGCCAGGAGGAGCAAAGUGUCCCAGGAGAGGGAGGAGAGGAGAAGGCUGCAGGAGGGGAACCGCAGGGAGCUGCUUCGACACAUCCUGCUGAAACAGAAGACGGAGCAGCAGGGGGUGGAAGAGGUGGAGCAGAUGAGGAGCACGUUUGACAUGAAGAUGAGAUUAUCCUGCGAGAAACAUGCCCAGGCUGUGGAUGCUCGGGUGAGGGACGUGCAGGAGAGGGCAGCCCGGGAGGAGCUGCAGAUUCAGAGAGCGCAGCUGAGGUCCAAGCUGCAGAGCUAUCAGGAGCUCACACACAAACAGAUCCUGGUUCAGCUGAGUCAGCGUCGCUCGGAGAGAGCCGGCCUGCACGCAGAGGCCCAGCAGAGGAGCAGGUCUGAGGAGGCGCAGCAGCACAACCAACACAGGCAGACCUCCCACCUUAGGCUGAGGGAGAGGAGGCAGAGGGAGGAGGAGGAGGAGAGGAAGGUCACAGAGAGCUGCAUCUUCAUGAAGGAUGUGAGGAGGGAGAGACUGAGGAGGCAGAGGGAGCAGAUUCAGGAGGAGGCGCACAGGCUGGCCCGCGCUUCCUUUCACAUGAGGGAGAGGGUGAGGCAGCACACACACAGCCGGACGUUUGAUCAGAUGGCCCGGGAGGCGCAGCUGACCGCCUCAAUGAGGUGCAUGAAGAUAUGAAAGACUCUCCACAUCAACUGCCGCUCUCAUAGGCUUUGAUAGCCUACAGUUCAGGCAUUAAAUAACAGAAUAUAUAUAUAGGAAUUUAAAGACAAACCCCUCCUGCAAUCAUAAAUGUGUAUUGAGGAUGAGCUAAACCCUUAUGUGAAUGAUUUGGACCUGAGAGUGUUUGCGCUGCACAUGAGCUACAAUGGAUCAUCAUGUAUCAGAGCUGUAGGGGUUGUUUUUUUUACAGUUUAAUUUGAUGAAAGUCCCUGAGAUUGUGCCAUAUUUAUAAAUGUAUACGUUUACGAUGACAUUUAAAUAUAUUUAAAGUUGAGAAUAAAUCUUUGGAGUUCUGUCUGACCUCGUAGUAACCCCCCAUCAGCAUAAUUAACAAUAAAGUUGUGCUCUACUGAAGUGGUAUUAUUUUGUAUGUUGACCCUUUGAAAUAAAGCUUGUUGUAACCCCCCCAUGUCAGGCUGCAUAUAUCUAUGAGAUGUGAA